GCUCAGGGGAAGAGGGAAAGUCUGAGAGACACAAAAAAGGCCAAAGAAAGGCAGAGGAAAUAAAAUCUGUCCAGUUCAGGGGAGGCUUGGCUUUGCAGGCACCAUGAAAAGCUUUCUUUCCUGGGCAGUCCUGGCAGUCCUUGUCCUGGUGCACCUCUCCCAGGCAGUCUAUGUUCAGGAUGGAGACUUGAAAUUCCCCCUGGAGUCCGUGAAGAAGCUGAAGGAGCUCAUGGAUGGCAACAGACACCUCAACCCUCGCAUGAUGGUGCCCAUGGCCAGCUAUUCCCCCUGCCAGGAAAAACACCUCCCCGAGGAGUUCAGGCCUGUGUGCAAGAGGGAAGAUGCACCCAUGAUUUUCAGGAGGCUGAGCCUGGCUGCUGAGGACGACCUGUGUGAGAUCUGUGCCAAUGCUGCCUGUGCUGGCUGCUUCUGAGGAGGUGGGAAAACCCACAAAAGACAUGUCCAGCUGGGAAGUUUGUGCAUUCCUGUGGCAAGAUCAUGUGCUUUCACCAAUCAGAUUCCUGGGCUUCAUCUCCCACUGCAGCUGCCAGCUCUUGGGGACAUUCCUGCAGUCCUGCAGCACCUGGAUUCAGCAGAAUCUGGAUUGCAGAUCUGCCAGCAAGGAGGCUGGGACUCCUCUGAGAGGUCCCAGUGCUGCAGGAGUUGGGUGACCCUGGAAUGGAAAUGCCCUGGGUGUCAUUUCCCACUGUUUUGCCUGGGUUUGAACACACUGGGUGGAACUCAGCAUCCCCUGCAGCCUUUCUAAUGGCUAAUAUUUAGUGUCCAAUAAGUAGUAUCUAAUCAUUAAUGUCAUUAAUGUCACAAUGGCUGUGAUUUGGCCUCCCCUACACACAGCAUCACUGGGUUACCCCCUUUCUCAGCCCUCCUUCCCAGUGGGUGGGAUCCCUUUCCCUCCCACCUGUCUGCAGGUGACACCUCUGGGUUUGCAGCAGAACUGCAAGAGGUAACUGGAGCUGAGCUCCUGGCUCCAGGAGUGCCAGGUGUGUUCUGGCUGCCAGAAAUCAGCUGCUGCUUGUCCUGAUUGCUGUUGAUUUGGGGAAUGGGUGUCGAGGAGCACAGGAACACUUCUUCUCUGGCUGGGUAUCAAGGUUCUUUAAACUCUCUUGGAGAGAAAGGAAUUCCAAAGUGCAGUGCCUGAAUCACACGGAAAUGAAAGCAUUGUUGUUUAUUUAUUGGCGGCAAGAUUGUGAGGAAAUCAUCUGUCCAUGUUUAUAUGCUGUACAGGCAAUAAAAAACUAGUAAUAAUUUGGAAUUUUUUUUUGUUUAUUUGUUUGUUUUGUUUGUUAUUGCUGGGUUUUGGGGUGGAUUUUGUUUUACAAGACUCUUUCUGCCUCCUUGCUUUUUCCCCAUAAGGCAUUUCAUGUCUGUGGCUUUCCUGAAUAAAAUAUAUCUUUUAACAAUUUUAUUUUAACAAUAAAAUAUAUCUUUUAACAAUG